CCACAUCACACGACAACUCAUCCAAACGGCCAUCAUUAGAUGUAAGCCAGGAGAAUGUUGGUACAGGCACAUCCCAUCCCUCACCACCCACACUUUUCACGUUGGACAACAACAAUUCUGCAGACAGUUCAGGUGUUACAGGUACGUAUCUCUGGUAUUUGAACCUUUAACUCCGGUAGCAGAUUCAGGCUCAACAUUUUCAGUAUUUCAGUUGCAUUGGAUGCAGCGUCUGGAUGAGGGAUGGCGGUGUAAAUCCAUGCCAGAUGUGUGAUGACAGGUUGAUGGUAAUAAAAAGGUUCAUGUCUCUGUCAAUAAUGUUAUGUACUCUCCACAACGAAAUACCUAAAGAUAAACAGCAUCAUGGGUUUUUAAGGAGUCUAUAAGAUUUAAAAAAAAAUUCCAAUCCAUCAUAAUCUUGCAAACAUGUCUUUUGUUAAAUUACUCAAAAUUUAACUUGAUCUCUUAUGUCAACUAUACCGUUUUUCUUCAACUUUUCGAACACCCCCCCCCCCCUCCCCCCCACCAGACCAUUUGAAUAAGCCUAGUGACCUCCUCUUGCGAUCCUCCCCUCCUGCUGUCACAGUGAACCAACACGUUGAAGAGAUCAAGAAUACAAUAGGCUCUCCAACCAGACCCAGUGCCCUCCCCUUCCCAUCCAGCCCACUAGAGGAGAAGCCGAGCCAAGAAGACGACGAGUUGAUUGAUCAGCUGUUGCAGGAGCCCAUCCCCAACUCGCCUCUUUACAUCAAGAGAAAAUUUUACGAGAUGGAAACGCCAG